AUGCUUUCCUUCCCCCCCUCCAGGCCGAGAUCCCAGCUCACCACCAACACACUCUCACUCACUCACAGCUACACCGAAGCCAUCCCAAUCCUCUACGCCGAGAACACCUUCUCCUUCACCGACCUCUGGACCCUCAUUGACUUCCUCACCCGCUGCAUUCCGGCCGCGCAUGCCGAGAAGAUGCGCUCGCUCGACCUCACUUGGACCCUCUUCUACUGCCCCGGCCAUACCCUAACCCCCUCGGUCCGUCUGAGCGUCAUUGCCUCGGGCACCCGCGGCUGCGGCGGCGGCCGCCAUGGUGGGCCGGCGCCGCACAACGUGGCGACGUGGCGCGAAGUCUGGUCGUGCGUCUCGUCGUCGCUGCCGGGCCUGCGUCGGGUGCGGCUUGAUCUGUCGGAUAGAUGGCUCAACGGGGGUUGUUUCUGCAGCAGCAGCAGCAGUGACGGUAGGCCAGGUGGUGUGGCGGUGAUCAGGCUGUAUGACGGGGAUCCGAAAGCGCUGUGGCUGGAGUGGCUGCGGCCGGUGGGCAGCGCACUGGCUUUGCCAAGGGGCGGUCGUCAGGUCAAGGUCGAGGGCGCGGUUUGGUGUAGGCUGGACGACCCGGGGUCGGUGCAUGCGGUCAUUAGAGGUGAUGGGGGGGAAGGGGGUAGGAGGUUGUUGGUGGUCCUGCCGGAUGGGGAGGAGAUGGAAUGGUGA